AUUUGUUAGUAGAUUUUAUGUUUUUUUCAUUUAAAGCUACUCGAAAGCUAAACCGAUAUAAAAGCAAAGGUUUUUAGCAAAAUCAUUAACAGUUUAUCACAGUGUAAUUUAGCAAAAUGUUCAAAAUUUUCGUCUUGACCGCUCUCUUGGCUUUCGCCUAUGCCGACAACAUCGACAAAGAUGCCCAAAUUUUGAGCUUAAAAAACGAUCCUGCCGAUGCUGAAGGUAACUACGCCUACGCUUUCGAAACCAGCAAUGGUAUCCAACAACAAGAAGCUGGCAAUCCCAAUGGUGUAGCUGGUUCAUACGAAUUCGUCUCGCCCGAAGGUGAAAAAAUCUUCAUCAGUUAUACCGCCGAUGAAAAUGGUUUCCAACCAACUGGUGAUCAUUUGCCAACACCACCACCAGUACCAGAAGCUAUUCUUAAAGCUUUGGAAUACAUUGCCGCCCAUCCUCAACCACAAGAAACUAAAUAGAUAGAUAAGAGAUAUAGAAAAAGACAAGUGAAAGAUGAAAACGUUUUAGUUGAAUUUGUAGCGAGAAGAAGAAGAAGAAAGGUGAACAAGUUGCAAUUGGUUUAGUUGUAGCAGUAAAAUAUUUCUUAGAGAGAAAAACUAGUCAAUAUAAAAUUGGUUUACAAUAUUAAAACUAAGAAAUGUUAAUUGAUUUUUGUUUUGUUAUAGUCCUACUUACCUGACUGACCACCUACUCCAAUUGCAACUUGUCCACUUAAUGACCAAACUAUGGCAUAUUCUCAAAGAAAAUAAUAUUAUUUUUUGGUUGUUAGAGAAAAAAAAAUCCUUAUGUAAAUGAUAUUUUUUUUACAUAGUAUUAGUUUGUUUUUAUUAUUGUAUUAUUUAUAGGUUAAACAAAAUUUUAUCGUUAUUUUUGUUCACAAUGAAAAAAUAAUAACGACGGAAUAAAUAUGUUAAAAAAUAAAAUAUUAAAUGAAUAUGAUCAAAUAUAUUUGAAACUAAAAAA